AUGUUUCUUACUCGCUCAGAAUACGAUCGUGGUGUAAAUACCUUUUCACCAGAAGGACGGCUGUUCCAAGGUCAGUUUCUCUUUACGCUCGACAGUCCAGUGCUCAAUAUCGCGCUGUUCAGUCGACUGGGCUCCACGACCGUUGGCAUCCGCACACCAGAUGGAGUUAUCUUGGGCGUCGAGAAACGCGUUCCCUCGCCACUCCUAGAGUCUUCCUCGGUCGAGAAGAUUAUGGAGAUCGACGCGCAUAUUGGAUGCGCUAUGUCUGGGCUCACCGCCGACGCGCGUACCAUGAUCGACCACGCAAGAGUGACCAGCCAAAACCACUCCUUUACAUACGAUGAGAAGAUUGGAGUCGAAAGCGUUACUCAAGCCGUCUGCGAUCUUGCUCUUCGGUUCGGCGAGAGCAUGGACAAUGAGAGCGCGAUGAUGAGUCGACCGUUUGGUGUUGCUUUAUUGAUCGCUGGUAUUGAUGAGAAAGGUCCUCAACUAUAUCAUACCGAUCCCUCGGGCACAUAUACUCGGUAUGAAGCGAAAGCGAUAGGGAGUGGCUCGGAGGCUGCACAAAGCGACUUGCAAGACAAGUACCACAAGCAAAUGACACUGCGCGAAGCACAGCAUCUCAUUCUACGGGUACUCAAACAGGUGAUGGAGGAGAAGCUCGACCAUCAUAAUAUCCAACUCGCCCAGGUCACGAAAACAGAUGGAUUCCAUAUUCUGUCAGAGACCGAGCUACAAGAGCUUAUUGACACGAUGCCAGCCGCUCCGGCUCCAGGUGCGGCGUAA